AUGACAGCUUUCAUCAUUUUGGCUCUACAUGCCAUAUCUUUAUUUCUAGCAGUGUUCUCUCUGGAAGAUGAUAGAAUUGUCAGGAGCUAUGACUGCCCAAACAACUCUGUGCCCUACAUAGCAUCACUGAACAUUGGCUACCAUGUAUGUGCUGGAUCUCUCAUAACCAGCCAGUGGGUUGUUUCUGCUGCACUCUGCUACCAGUCUCGGCUCCAGGUUCGACUUGGAGAACAAAACACAGACGCAUCAGAAGGAACUGUACAAUCCAUCAACACUCAAAGAAUUAUCAGGCACCCUGGCUAUAACUCUAUGACACUUGAUAAUAACAUCAUGCUGAUUAAACUGGCAUCUCCUGCUAUCCUUAAUGCUUAUGUUCAACCUGUUUCUCUGCCAUCUGCAUGCCCUGUUGAAGGAACGUACUGUCUUAUAUCUGGAUGGCGAAAACCUCAAAACACUGGCAGUAAUUAUCCUAUCAGACUGCAGUGCCAGGAUAUGUAUGUGCUUAGUGAUGCUGCCUGUCAUAAUUCAUUUCCUGGACAAAGCACUGCUAAUCUGAUUUGCAUUGGCAAUAUACACGAAGGCGACAACUCUUGUCAGGGUGAUUCUGGUGCCCCAGCUGUGUGCAGUGGACAGCUACAUGGUAUUACUUCACAGACAUGUGCUGAGAAUAAGCCAGGACUUUAUACCAAAGUCUGCAACUACAAAGCCUGGAUUCAGAACGCAAUUAGUGCCAACUAA